AUGCCCUCAAUAAUUUCUAAGAAAAAAGUUUCUAUUGUAUAUCCUGAGCAUGCUGAUAUAGUUAUAAUAGGUGGAGGAUAUAUAGGGUCUUCUAUUGCAUAUUGGUUGAAAACAAGAGCAGGUGAAGGACUCUCAAUAGUGGUGCUGGAGAAAGACUUCACAUAUAAAGAAGCACAGAAAAACAUUUCUUUAGGUACACUGACACAGCACUUUUCUUUGCCUGAAAAUAUUCAACUGUCUAAGUAUUCAGUAGACUUUAUGAGGACUGUUAGACAGUCUUUAAACAAAGAUUGUGACCUACAAUACACCCCAACCGGUUCUUUAGUGUUAGCAAGUGAGAAAUAUGUAGACAAACUAGAAGAAAAUAAUCUUUUGCUUAAUGAACUUGGUGUAAAAAGUAAACUUCUUACAACAUCUGAAAUAGGUAAAAAGUUUCCAUGGAUCAACACGCAGGAUAUUAAACUAGGUUGUAUGGCUAUUGAAGGAGAAGGGAUAUUCAAUUCAUGGGCUUUAUUAAAAGGUCUCAUUCAAAAGUCAACAGAACUUGAUACAACAUACAUUAAUGCUGAAGUAAUAAACUUUGGUGUAGAAAAACAAAAAGAUGUCCUAAUGGAAGGUGUUGAACCAGGAACAUUUCAAAGAAUAAAUAAUGUGGUAUAUAGAACACCAGAAAAUGAAGUAUAUGAAAUUAAAUUUGCGAUCUGUGUAUUAGCAGCCGGCCACGAUUCUGGUCACCUGUGUAGAUUGGCUGGAGUAGGCACUGGGGAAAAAAUUCUCAAAGUACCAUUACCAAUAGAGAAAAGAGAAUACAAUGUUUACUCAAUUGAGGAGAAGGCAAUUGAAUCAGGUUUACUUACACCAUUAGUAAUGGACACUACUGGCUUGUGGCUGAUGAGAAAUGGUCUAGAAAAUAAUCUGCUGUGUAGUAAUCUACCAAUGAUGAAUGAUGACACUAAAGAUUUGUCAGAAACUGAUUAUUUCGAUAAUAUUAUCAAGCCCUCUUUAGUCAAUAGAUUCCCAAUGUGUACAAAUGCAAAGAUUAAUAAAUACAGGACAGAAAGCCAUGAUUGUAAUACUUUUGACAAUAGUGGUAUAUUGGGUCCACAUCCUUAUCACAACAACUUAUUCAUUGCAGCUGGGUUUGGCAGAUAUGGUUGUCAGCAUGCACCGGGGUUAGGCAGAGCCAUUGCUGAAUUAGUCAUAGACAGCCAAUACACAACUAUAGAUUUAACAAGGUUUGGUUUUGAUAGAUUGCUAAUGAAUGAUGCAAUUGUAGACUUCAAUGUAUAUUAA